AUGGCCGGCAAGAAGUCCGGUACGGCCGACCGCGGUCCAACUGCCAUGCACAAGUAUCGUGGCACUGGUUUCGAGGAAUUCUAUGCUGACCCUCCCAUGACUCCUGCCGAAGCCCAGGAGGAGCGCGAGAACAUCUACAGCCUACGUAUCCAAUCAUGCAUCCAGCGCUACCGCGCUCGCCGCCGUCUGGGUGCUUCCGACCAAAUCUUCAACAGGUACCUCUUCUUGGGAGGCAUCGACACCACACCUCGCAUGUUUGGCGGCAACAUAGAUGCCGACCUCAAAGACAUGACACCGGCGGAGAGACGAGAAGCAACGGCCAUUGACACCGUCUACAGCUCCGGCGGUGGUGCGCGCUUCUACAACGACGAUGAUCCCGAUGGCUGGGAUGUCGACUUUGCCGGUGUAGUCGCGGGAUUCUGCUCCGAGACGCUUCCGAAUGAGACGGCAUGGGACUACGCGCAGAUGGGCAAGGCGGUUGGCUUGCUAGAGAACUUUCUCACCUAUAUCCUCCAACACGACGUGUGCCCAGAGUACGACGACAAUGUCAAGGAAGCUUUGGAUCUCUGCCAGAAGGCCAAAGUCGACCUGCCGUUGUCUCAUCAAGCUCUCCUGCGAUUUCCUGGCCAAUUCAAUCUGGCGCUGUCGGAGCUGUUUUGCAAGGACUUUUUCUUCUUUGGAGACGCCGAGGAAUUCCAGCGGCCAAUGGAUUUCUCCCCUGAAGCGGUCUUCAAGGUUGUAAUGGCAAUGAACGCUCCCCAGGAGCAGUUCAAUGCUGUCAUCAAUGGUUUGAAAGACGGCACCAUUGAGGUCAUCGGCGAGGAGGAGUGCAGCGUCGAGAUCAUCUCUAUUCACCGGUCGACUGAUGAGGCGCAAAAGCUCACGCGGAGCAUCCGUCUAGGCAAGGGACCCCGAUUCGAGCCCGUCGGAACGAUUGUUACGAAGCCCUGCGUUAUUGAGGAUGGCUACGACUACGGAGAGGCCAGCAUUUUGCCUGAUGAACAGCAGGACACCUUCUACCUGGAAGAUUCAAUCCUGCGGCACCUGAAGCCAGGCUUCAAGCUGCAACUCUGCGUAUGCGAGCUCAACAUUGGCAUCAAGUUCAUCAAGCAGGCUCGUCAGGUUCUCGUGGAAUGGUACACCUUCCUGCCGCAGAACCUCAUGCGACACUACAAGGAGCCCGUACCUAAUGAGCGCCCUGCUCCGUCAGCCAUCAAGGCAGACGAGAAGACCGAGAAGAAAGAAGCUGUUACUAACUGA